AUGUAUUUGCUCGCUUUGUUCGCAUUAAGCGCCCUGCUGGUUUACGCCAUUGAGCCACCGCGAUUCCCCCACCAACCCCUCGGGAAUGGCACAAAGCUUUUGACCUACAACAUCACUACGGAUAAUCCAGGGCCGCUUAUUCCUUCCACGCGGACCCUGAGCUGGGUCGGCACCGGCCAAGAUGGCGAGUACAUAUACAAGGGUGACGAUGGGUCCCUCGUUUUCGAAAACAUUGUGACCGGCAAUCAGACUACCUUUCUUUCCGCUGACAAGGUGCCCGCCAAUUACAGGGAGUACUGGAUCUCGCCGGACGCGAGCCGCGUUCUUUGGUCUAUCAACUACACCAAGCAAUAUCGCCAUUCGUAUUUUGCGGACUACUUGGUACAAGACGUGGCUUCUGGGGAAGUGCAGUUGCUCGUUUCCAAUUCCACUGGCGAUAUACAAUAUGCAGAAUGGAACCCGGCAUCUUCAUCUCAAGUCGCGUUUGUGCGAGGCAACAAUCUCUUCAUCUGGAACAACGGAGACAUUUCGCAGAUCACGACCAAUGGCGGUCCGGACAUGUUCAACGCCGUCCCGGAUUGGGUGUACGAGGAAGAAAUCUUCAGUGAUCGAUUCGCGCUAUGGCACUCUCCCGAUGGAAAGUAUAUUGCGUUUCUCAGCUUCAAUGAGACAGGCGUCGAGACUUUCCGAGUGCCAUACUACAUGAAUGGCCAAGCUAUUGCUCCAUCCUACCCGCGAGAAUUGGAGCUGCGUUAUCCGAAAGUUGGGAGCAAGAAUCCAACGGUGGCAUUCAGUCUUGUGGAAGUCGAUGCUCUGACAACUACUUCAUUGCCGGUGGGUGCAUGGCCAGAAGACGAUAUCGUAAUUGGCGAAGUUGCGUGGGUGACGGACAAGCACGACAAGGUCAUUUACCGUGCUUUCAACCGAGUGCAGGAUCGUGAAAAACUGGUAUUAGUAGAUGUCGCUUCGUAUUCCUCCUCCGUGGUACGUGAGCGGGAUGGUUCAGACGGGUGGCUUGACAAUAAUCUAGCAAUUACCUACAUUGGAUCGCUUGGAAACUCCUCCGCAAAUGCAAGCACGAACUACUAUCUGGAUAUGUCAGACGAAAGCGGCUGGAAUCACCUUUACCUAUUCCCAGUUUCUGGAGGCGAGAAGAUCGCUCUGACUUAUGGAGAAUGGGAAGUUGUUGCUAUCCUCAAAAUCGAUGCCGAACGCGGGCUAGUCUACUACACAUCCACUGAGCAUCAUAGCACCGAACGGCAUAUUUACUCAGUCUCAUACAAGACAUUGAAGAAGACUGCUCUAGUUAAUGAUAAGGUUCCUGCAGUCUGGACGGCAUCGUUCUCUUCAGGUGGGUCCUUUUACGUGCUUCGGUACGCUGGACCAGAUGUUCCCUAUCAAGAGCUCUAUUCUAUAAAUUCUUCGACCCCUAUUCGCACAAUUGUCUCUAAUGAGGCUCUCUAUAAUACCCUUCAAACCUACAAACUCCCGAAUAUCACCUAUGCUGAGCUUGAGCACCCAUCUGGACACAGACUCAACACUAUGCUGCGCCUCCCACCAAACUUCUCUCCAGAUAAGAAGUACCCUGUCCUCCUAAUUCCUUACGGCGGGCCUGGUGCGCAGGAAGUAUCCAAAUCGUUCGUAUCCCUCAACUGGAAAGCCUAUAUCACGUCAGACCCUGAGCUCGAAUACAUCACCUACACAGUUGACAAUCGCGGCACGGGGUACAAGGGGCGUGCUUUCCGCUCUGCAGUUACUUCUAACCUCGGAGACCUCGAAGCCCAGGACCAAGUCUGGGCCGCGAGGCAACUGGCUCAAAAUCCGUGGGUCGACCGCGAGAAGAUUGGAAUUUGGGGUUGGUCUUAUGGAGGCUACUUAUCUUCGAAGGUUCUCGAGCUCAACGACCCAAUCAUCUCCCUUGGUCUCAUUACGGCUCCUGUAUCCGACUGGCGCUUCUACGACUCCAUGUAUACCGAACGCUACAUGAAGACUCCGACCCUCAACCCGGGGGGCUACAACAAAUCUCGAGUACAUGAUACCACCGGGUUCAAGAACGUAGCUGGUGGCUUUCUCAUUCAGCAUGGGACUGGGGACGAUAAUGUACACUUCCAGAAUUCGGCUGCGUUGGUGGAUUUACUCAUGGGAGACAAGGUCAGCCCGGAGAAGAUGGCCGCGCAAUGGUUCACGGAUAGUGAUCACAGCAUCGUGUAUCAUAACGAUGGUAAAUUCCUCUAUAGACAAUUGAGCAAGAAGCUGUACGAAGAGAAGAACAGGAAGGGACCGAGUGGAGGUGGGCAUCAGUGGAGUCGGCGGUGGGCUUUUGGGAGAAGGUGGACUGUUUAG